CAUCCCGUACGUGUCGACCAAUCCAAUUGUCGUGUCGACCAAUUCGAUAUACUAUGGUUGCGUGUAUAAGCCUCCGUCCUCUGUCGUUUGCUAUCCUCUUACACCACAUUUAAUUCGAAUGACAGACCGUACCAAACACCCUGCACGUCGUCGACUAGUUUUUAUUAAAUUACGAUAGCAAAAUCCCAUGCAAACAUUGGUCCGAAUGCGGUCGUAUGCGAUACGAAUGGAUGGCAUUUCGCGGCUGGUUUGCUAAGUGCGCGAUUUGAUGAGCGACAGCAGCCGCAGCUUUUCGCGUUCGCAACAAUUCUCAGCCGUCGUCGUCUUCGGUCUUGUCGAUUUCGUGUCUAAGGUGUUGUGUGUGUUUUUUUUUGCUUCUUUCUUGAAAUGUUUCUCGCGUGAAAUUUUCAUCAGCGACAGAACCGAGAGCGCACAGCCCGUCGUGGUCGUGACAAACGAGAAAUUUUCUAGUGGCAGCAGCACAGCAGAAUGAAAUUCUUCUCAACGUUUUUGUGGUGCGUUUACCUUUACUUGUUUUCCUGUUCGGGGGCAUUUUGCUUGAAAAAUCGAAUUGGUCGUGUGAAGAACAAGUGUCGCGACGACGCAUAAUAAGUAGAAUAAUUGCCUGGCAGCGGCGGGCCCGUCGUGUUUGAGCCUCGCUCACAAUUCCUCGAGCCCCGCGCUGAUAUUGUGUGUGUUUUUUUUUCUUCUUCACAGCCUAUCCGUCUCUCCGCGGGCUCGCGAACCAUUGGGACUCCCACGCCCCUCCCGUUGACCGUUCGAAUUCGUUGUUCCCGUGGGACCGAUUGCGGUUCUCCGACUGUUCGGUCGCCAGUGGUAGUGUCCUGUCAUCUUAGAAUUGAUUCUUGUGGUUUUCCGGAAGUGUGGGUUUGAUUUUCGUGGAGUUUUGCUAACUAUGAUGAGUGUUGUUUUGAAAGUUGGCCGAACGGUGCACGGAGAAUGCCUGGGACAUGGCUAGCGGGUGGCGGUACUUUCCUGACAGCAGAAUGUUUGAGCUGAACGAAUCAUUUUUUGGAAUCCAACGUCCCUACUUUUGUUUGGGAUCUUCACAAUUAGAAUUCACGAACGAGGGAGAAUUUUAUAGCAUACAAGAGAGAAUAUACCGAUUAGCAAAGUCGAUCAAAAGAGCUUGUUCUUCGAUUUCAUUAGCUAUCAAAGCUCCCGAACCAAAUCGCGGAGUAAAUAAUAAAGAAGCUACUUUAAAAAUUAAAUCAGACUUAGAUGUUUUGGCCAAUGGGAAAACUAAUGCUAAGACAUUGUCUAAUAUAAAAUCUAAUGCUUAUAACCGACAAGAUAAAUUCUAUUCUCAACAACACCAUUUUAGUUUAAUAUCAUCAAUGCAGAGCAUGAUAAUAUCGAAUAAUAAUAAUAAUAAAAAUAGUAAUAUUGACACCAGGAGAAUAAGAGGAAUUAAUAAUUAUAAUAAAAUAAAUAAAUAUCAAGGUGGUGACUUUUUAUCUACUCUGAGCUCUAAUUUUAUUAAAUCCUUUCACUUUGAAAUUCGUCAAGUGCUGUGACUUUUCUUGUAAAAAAUAUACCAUUUUUUUUUUUUGCUCUAACCUUCCCGUUCUUUGCCAUCACGAAAUGAGGAGAAAAUUAAUAAUAAAACUGGAUUAAAUACCGAAAGUUAAUUGUGGAAAAAAAAUCCCGUGCUGUAUAAUUGAUAGAAAAUCAAGGCGUCCCCUAAAAUCAAGAAUCAUUUCCUAAAUAAAAAUAAUACAAUUAAAUAUUAAUUCAUUGAUAUAACAUUUGCUGUGUUGGAUUGUUGUGUCUGUUCUCUUUAGGCCGACUUUCUAAAAAGUAAAUUCGAUAAUCAUUUUACGGAGAAAGAAGGUAUAAAUAUUCACACUCAUCAGGUGAUUUAUAAGAUAACUUUUCAAAUUAUAAUAGAAAUUAAAAAGGGAAAUGGAAUUUGAAUAAGACUUUUUUUUUUUAAGAGUUCUUUUCCAAAACUCAAUAAGACCUAUUUAAAAAAUAGUUCAGUGACCUCCUUUUAAGUUCAUUUAAUUUUCAAUUAAACGUUUUUUUCUUUUUUUUUCUUAAUUUUCUCACGUCUGAAAUUAUUCAUUCAUUCACUAUUGGCGACCGUAUAUCCUCUAAAUUGUAUUAUAUAAUGUAUAUGAUAAAAUAACGUGAAAAUUGUGAUACUCAGUUAAAAAUUAAAUAUAAUCUUAAAUAAAAAACACACAAGUCAAGAUAUUAGUAAUUUGCAAAUAUAAAAUAAAACUUUGAAGUAAAUAAAAAAAUUAGCCAACUUCUUAGUUUUUAUGACAAAAAACAAAACAAAGCAUGAAAAUAUAACAUCCAUUGAUGUAUGAAUUUAUAUAUUAUACUAAGUGAAGGUGGAUGAAGAUGGAACUGAAUUAAUAGUAUAAUAGUAACCUGAAAAUUAUUUUCUAUAAACCCAGAAAUUUGAUUGAAUAUUUAGCAAAAAAUUAAUAGAAUCAAAAUAAAACGAAAAAAAUAGAGCUUUGAGUAUUUAUAUAUAAAUAAUAAUACAAAAUAUAAUGAAAAAUUAAAGUGCAGACUGCGUCGCGAGCGUAAUUAUAAUAAAAACCAUUUAUAAAACUUAUAGAUCACUUUUUUUUUAACAGUGAAAUGUGAUAAUGAUUAUAAUAAAGCGAAAGGUUGAUGAAUUGAACCAGUGUAUUUGCAACGUUUCUUGUCUAUAAAAUAAAAGUCAAUAUUAAUACAUAUUAUAUAUAUAACAAACAAAACUUAAAACUAAUCUUGAAAAUACAAAAGCAGUCAAUUUAAAUCCUAAUAUUUUCAUCUCUGCUUAUUCUUUUUUUCUUUUCCUCUUGGUUUUGUGAAGAAAUAGAAGAACUGAGAUCUGAAAACCACUUUGUUGUUUAGUAACAAUUAUAAACUAAUAAUAACCACAAAAUUAUAUAAAUCAAAUGAUUGUUUGGUUAUGAACGAAAGUAAAAAGGAGAAACUGGAGGGAGGUAUAUAAUAAUCAAUUUUACAUCCACUGUUGUCUAGUGGAUAUAAUUAAAAAAAAAAACAUUUAAUGUGAAAAUAUCUAGUAAUUAAUCGAUCAAUUAUCUGGUUUUGCUUUGUGAAAACUUCUGAUGCCUUGAGCCUGGAGAGACUACGUCGUCAUAGAACGAAAAAAAAACCACCAGUGACGCGAUAAAUACUAACGAAAAAAAUAUAUAAUUAAAAAAUAUUUAAAAAAAAAAACGAAAUCAUUAGAUUUUGCUCUUGAAUAUAACAAUUAAAUUCUGAUAGUUGCUUUCCAUUUUUUAUAUAAAUAGAUAAAAGGCCAUACAUCAACAUAAAAAAAUUCAAAUUAAUAUUAAUUUUUAUUAUUAUAAUUUCGAGCCCCUAUAAAAACUAUAAAAGGGAAUUGUGUAUAUCAUACGGUGAAAUCAGUGUUUUAAUUUUUUUUUUUUUCAAUAAAAGAUUGUGUACGUGUAAACGGUAUAAGAUUCUUUUUUAACAAUUGGUCAAAAUCUGUGCGAAUUGGGUCAGCGACAGGGUGAGACGAACGGUCGCCGCAACAAUGCGGCACAAAGAGGUGCAGCCACUACCGCCGGGACGACGACAUCGGCCAAAGGAAAUCCCUUUAUACGAAAUCACCAACAACGACUACAAGUUCUUCAACAACAACCCCGUGUUCACCAAUCUCAUCAACAUCACGAUAAUAAAUCGCUACAACAUUCCGAUAUUGGUAGCAUUGUGGUGGAAAGUGAACCACCGGCUGUUUCUACGAUUUUCCCCAAGGUAACAGCGAUUGCAUGUCAAUCAACCGGACGAACUCCACCAGUAUCAGCUUCACCUCAAUCUUUGAUAUCAACAAUAUCAACAACAAUAACCAUAACAACAGGAACAACCACAAUAUCAACUUCAUCAAUAAGUAAAUCAACAACACUUGAUGGUAUCUAUUUAAGUCCAAACGAUGGUGAUGCAUCCAUGCCAUUUCGAUUGAAUCCUGAUAAGAUAACAAGCCAAACACCAAUCACCAAUAUUCGAAGUACUAAAGGUACUGAUGAAGUUGUUGAUGAAGUGACCGCAUCGCAUGACGGUAUUGCACAAGUUCAAACAAUCAUUGAAGUAAUGGGAAGUGGUCGUACACCAAUGUCUGAUGAGAAACCAAUACACAAUCGUCAAUUUCGACGUAAAUUUGGUACAACUGGCUUUUCAUCGAUGGGUGGUAGUUACAUCAACAGAGGAAAAUCUGAUAGUUCAACAACAAAUUCACCAUCAUCAACAAUUACAUCACGUUCUGGUGGAUUACAUUUGCGUAAUUUCAUUACACCAACCGGUCGUCGACCGCAUCUUGUUAGUCGCUGUACUGAAUUUUUAGCUGCUAAUACACCAUCAAUUUCUCAACAAUACGCUUCAUCAAUUCAUCAUCAACGACAUGCAUCAUCAACGACUACUGCAUCAACGUUUCUAGCUGGACGUAAUAUGAGUAAUACAAUUGGUAGCUUCUUUUCAAUAACGAAUACAACAACUGGAACAAGUGCUGCAAUCGUUACAACAACGACAUUUGCUUCAACGACACCAGCAACAUCAGUAGCAACAUCAUCAACAACAAUUAUGUCAAACAAGCGCCAAAUAAUUCAUCAUCAAAGUCAUCAGCAAUGUAACAGGGGUCAGAAUACUUCGGCCGUUUGCGCACGAGCCACGCGUCAAAGAAAAGUAGGGGCUGUUAACUUGUCAUCUCAGUUCCAAUGUCAGCAACAAAAACAACUGCAAUCGCAAGAACAUUCGACAGUCAGUAAGGCAGUUGCCCCUAUAUUACCAACAGCACAUUCUGCCGGCCUGCCAUCACAGACCUCCAAUUCAAUUGGUGAUUCCGGAGCCAGUGGUGAGGAAUUGUCAACUACAACAUCAACAAUAACAGUUGCUACUUCUUCUACACAACCAUCAACAACAGCUGUAUCAAGUUCAUCAUCCAUUCCAUCUGUAGACAGUCGAACUUCUUCAGCAGAUUUAGUGUCCAGUGGUAAUAUCACUACUACCUCUGCAACCAUUUCAAAAGAGGGUUCACCACAAAAUCCAUCAUCAUCAUCAUCGACAGUUGGAAAUCCAGUGGAAAGGAAACCUAGAAAUAGGAAAACAUCAACAAGAUCGCGGUUACAAUCAAAAAAUUCAGAGAUUUCAUCAUCAGCAUCACUAGAUAGUCCUUCUGAACCUGCAGAUCGCGGUGAUCAAUGGAAAACUAAAACUGUUCCUGUGAAAGAUCAAGACCGAGACUCUACGACUACAUCAAAAUCGGCAUCACAGACUAAAGACAAUACACCAGUAGUGGGUGAAACUACAAGUAACAGUGAAUCAGCGGAACUAGUUCGACCUAUUAUCGACGAAUUACUUAAUAAUCUGGAAUUAGACGAAGCAGGAACAAAAGUUCAGGACCAAAACGAAUCCAGGAAAGAAUCAGAGGCAGAAACUUCUAGCGCCAACAAAAUGGAGGGUUCACCAGUAGGAGAUGCUGAGCAAGCUGGUCGUCCAUCCCAGCAGCAACAGGCUCAAUCGACUGUGCCAGCGGUUUCGGCAGCAAGUAGUACAGGCACAGGAAGUGGUACGACAAGUGGUGUUCAAAGUUCUGCUGCGAAUACCUCACCACGUGGCACUGGAGUUAGUGGUACAUUCGGAUCAAACGUAGAACGUAUGUUCGCUGGACCAUCCAAUAUCCGAUUUGUACGUAAAAGUGUCGAUAAUACGACCGUUUACUAUUCAAAGCUUCCAUUUGAUUCGGAAAUUGAGACCGAAUAUCCUCGUAAUCUUGAUGAUAAUAUUGAGAUAUUGAGUCGUGAAGCUGAACAUCUUGAGGAGCAAUUCAAUAAGACUGCUGAAGAGAAAUUAGUUCAUUAUGGUCCGAUAUUUGAUCCGCAAAAAUUUGAGGCACAACUCAAACAACAGAAAAAGGAUGAUGAUGAAGAUGAACCGAUAGGUGUCUCACCAUGCGGCCGAUUUUUCAAAUAUAAUAAGGAAGUUGGUCGGGGAUCGUUCAAGACUGUUUUUCGAGGACUUGACACGCAGACCGGAGUAGCGGUCGCUUGGUGCGAACUAUUGGAUAAAAAGGUUAAUAAGGCUGAACGGAUGCGAUUUCGUGAGGAGGCAGAUAUGCUGAAAAAACUUCAACAUCCAAAUAUUGUGAGAUUUUAUAAUUAUUGGGAGACGAGCGUUGCAAAGAAGAAAAACAUUGUACUAGUCACUGAGCUUAUGCUAUCUGGAACUUUAAAAUCCUAUUUGCGACGUUUCAAAAAAAUCAAUCCAAAAGUAUUGAAGUCAUGGUGUCGACAAAUCUUGAAGGGUUUGCAUUUCUUGCAUUCUCGCUCUCCGCCCAUUAUUCAUCGUGAUCUAAAGUGUGAUAAUAUAUUUAUAACUGGUACAACGGGUAGCGUUAAAAUAGGUGAUUUGGGUUUAGCUACAUUGAAAAAUAGAAGUUUUGCCAAAUCUGUAAUUGGUACGCCGGAAUUUAUGGCACCUGAAAUGUAUGAGGAACAUUAUGAUGAAGCUGUUGAUGUCUAUGCAUUUGGUAUGUGCAUGUUAGAGAUGGCAACCAGCGAAUAUCCAUAUAAUGAAUGUUCUGGACCGGCUCAAAUUUAUAAAAAGGUUGUUUCUGGUAUUAAACCGCAAAGUUUUGAUAAAGUUGAAAAUCCUGAAGUGCGUGAAAUUAUCGAGCGUUGUAUACAAUUGAACAAGGCUGAUCGUCCGAGCUGUAAGGAUCUUCUGAAUUCCGAAUUUUUCGGCGAAGAUAUCGGCAUAAGAUUGGAGCCCAUAUCUAAAGAUGCUUUCAUCAAUAAUCCAGACGUAAGUAAGAUAGAAUUCCGUUUAAGAUUGCUAGACCCAAAGAAACGAAUCUACAAGCAUAAAGAGAAUGAAGCGAUUCAAUUUGAUUUCGAUGUAAAUGUGGACAAUUCAGAUGAUAUUGCCAGUGAUAUGUUUAAAUCUAAUAUAACAUCCGAGGAGGACUCGAGAGCUGUUGCAAAAUUGCUGAAAGUUCAAGUAACUUCCUUGCUUAAGGAGCGUAAAGAGCGAUUGGCUCAAAUGCAGUUGGAACAGGAGAAAGCUCGCCUAGAGCAGCUCACAAUGAAGGCUAUGAAAGAGUUUGAUCACCAACAGCAACAAAAUCAACUACUGAACGAGUCACAAAUGCUCCAACAGCAACAACAGCAAGCGAUGGGACUGGCAGCCCCAGGCCAACAACAGCAGCCUCAAUCAUCAGCCGUGCCCGGCCAAUUUGUGAUUUCACCAAAUCAAGGAUCCCAACAACCUCAACAGAUUCAGGCACCUCAGCAAUCAUCCAUUUCACAGCCUCAGCAGUUUUAUCAGCCGCCACAAAUGCAGCCAACACCACAACAGUCUGCGACAUCACACAUCCCUUCUCAGUUGGUUCAACAACAGCCGCAGGUUUAUGCAUCACAGCCGCAGCAACAACAACCACAAACUUAUAUUCAACAACCGCCCUCCUCAACCCAGUAUGUCCCCGUUAUGGCGCCGACAAUACAACAACCCCAGAUGGUAUCACAACCACUGCAACAACAGCCUCAAAUGUCCCAAAAUACGGCUGGCUAUUAUGCGGCUAGUAAUCAAUGUCAACAAGUUCCUAGCGUCUAUACGCAAGAUUCUCAGUUCCAUACAAUGCAAGGUGGAAUGCAAAUACCAGCACAACCGCCCCAGCAGUCGCAGCCAUCCCAGGAAGUUGUCAUUAAUAUGCAACAGACUCAGCAGCCCUCAGCUGGUACUGCAGCUCCUGUGCCAGUAGCUGCUGCGGCACCUAAUUUCAUUUCAGCCCAAGUAGUAAGUGCCCCUGCUCAGCAAGAAGGAGUGCUUCAGCAGCAACAACUCCAUAAUGCAGCGGUGCAGCAAGUCGCCCAGCAGCAGUUGCAUCAGCAACAACAGGCUGCCUUAAAACAACAUCUUCAAACAGCUGCUGCAUUACAACACCAACAACAACAACAGCAGGCACUAUUUCUGCAACAACAGACUUCAGUUGGUUUGAAUAUGCAAAUGCAACAACAGCCAGGGGUUGUUUAUCAGCAACAACCUGCUGUACCGGUGAUGCAACCGCAUCCAGGUGUAAUCCAUCAUCUUCAGCAACAACAACCGGUCCCCAUUCAACAACAACCGCAACAAGCCCAAUACGUUACAGUUCCUUCUACCCCGCAGCCGCAGCAACAACAACCAACAACACAUUCCCAACAACAGGCCAUGCCAGCAGCUUUACCAACAUCCAAUCAACAAUCGCUUCCAUCGCAGCAACAACAUCAGAUCAGUAUUCAACAACAGCAAUCUGUGCCACCAUCCCAAUCUCUUCCUACACCAAUUCAAGCUACAUCAAAUAUUACUACGACCUCAGCUCCUCCAGCAGGACCUGCUCCUAUUCCAUCAGUACCAUUGGCAUCAUCUCAACCAUUGUCUUCCCAAACUAUGCCUGGUAGUGUUACACAGAUUCAACAGUCUCAAGCUCCUCCACAACAACCUCAAGCUCAGCAGAAGAUCCGUCAAAUGAAAUCCCGUCGUUCCAAUAAGGGUGGUAACGAACGGAUUCCCAAGCUUGUUGUACUGAAUGUUCAAAAUGGUACCGUUGUGGAUUGCCAAAUGGAGAAUAAACCGAAAACUAUCACAUUUAAAUUUGAUGUGACUGACGUUAAUCCGAUUGAUGUAACAAAGGAUUUGGUCUCCAAAGAUCUACUGUCAGAAAAUCAAAGUACAGUAUUUGUUGAGAUGAUCAAGGACAUUGUAAGGCAAGUGAAAUUGAAUCCUAACCAGAUACCAGUACCAACGGUAACACGAAGGACAUUUGAGAAGGUUCGGCAUGCGUCUUUAACACGUCAACGUUCUUCCGUGUUUAAAAUUCAUCAAAGACAUCGAUCUCGCGACGAGACAUCAUCUAUAUCAAGAAUGUUUGAUCCAACUAUCUACUGCUUAGAGCCACUAGCUUUACCAUCAGGCGUUGCUCUAUCAAAGCAGUUCAUUAAAGAUCAACUGGGAAAUUCAACAACUUCAUCAUCAUCUUCAUCAUCAACGACAACCUCAACGACGACCCCAUCGAAGACCGGAAGCAUUGAUGAUCAUACAAAAAUCAAUUAUGAAGAUAUCUAUUCAAUUGAUCAUCUACAAAUGGGAGAAUCAGGUAUUGUUGCGGAUUCUAUAACACAUCGCACGGCUACACCACCACCAACAACAAUCAAUCCACCACUAUUGACAUCAAGUGUUGGUGAUCGUGGUAGUGGGAGCGAGAUAUGUAUGGAUUCUGGUUCAGUAUCUCGUAAAACAAGCACUGCUUCAGAAUAUACAUCGCUAUCCUCAGAUUAUACCCCUGAAAAUACAACAUCGUCUUCACCAUCAACCAUUGGUGAAAUGUCAAAAAAAUUGGUGGGCUCUGAUCAAACAGUCAAGUCGGCCAUACUUGCAUCAGAUCCUAGCGUCUUGCGUGCUGUUCCGCAACAACAAUCACAGCAACAGCAAGCUCAGCAAAUGACUGAUUCGGUUGUAAUAACAAUGCCAUCAACCGCACCUGAUGACGUCAAUGCAAAACCUGGCAGUGAACCCACUCCAAAAGGUCAAGCUGGAGAAACUACAGCCGCUAGUACAGAAUCAAAUGAUACUACUACGGCUACUGGAAAUGCAGUGAAACCAAAAGCUGUACGUAAAAUUUCACGUUUUCUGGUAAGCCCAGUUAUGGCUGGCUUGGAACAGCCAGGUCAGGAUAAGGUUGUUCAGCAACCUCAACCAAUUCAACAACAGCCACAACAAGAAACUCCGAAGUUGUUUGAUCCAAAUCAACCUAUACCACCCACUUCACAACCCAAUCUGAUAAUACCAAUUGAUGAGCCAGCUUCCCUACUUCCAUCGGUUACUCCAGCAAUAGAUUCAUGUGAUUCUAUGCCACACACUAGUCAGCUUCAACAACAAGCAUUUCACGUUCAAUCAGGGCUUACAGAAGCAACAAUGAUGUCUCAACAACAGCAACUACCCACAAUGCUGCCGGCUAGUGGUCCAAUGCCAAUGACUGCUGGUCCACAAGUAGCCACUCCUCCGGCCGUACAUCCUUCAGCUGCAAUACCACCUCAACUGUCAAAUGUUCCGUCAAUACCGGCUCAAAGUGUCGUUGGUGAACAAGGACAUACCGCGAAACCUGUUGGACCAGAGCAUAUAAACACCCUAGAACAACUUAAAAUCGGAUUAGAAAAUAUAACCCAUGCUCAUGUACCAACUACUAUCAAGACCCAGACUUCAACAAUAGUUCCACAAGUUGGUAGCGUUCAACAGCAACCACAGCUACCAACUUCUCAAUCCCAUGAUCAAGCUACAUCCCUUGCAUCAACACAAAAAACUGGAUCAUCUGCUCCAGUUCCACUCACUGAUGUUACAAUCCUACCAACCAGUUUAGACGAUCAACAGCAGCUUCCUCAGCAAAUCAACCAACAGCUUCAUCAACAAAUACAAAAUCAAAUUGUUCAACAAUUGAUCCAACAAUCUCAGCAACAGCAAACAUCGGCUGAAACCAGUGGAGCUGGUGGAUCAUCGUCACUAUACGGUUCACGCCGUACCUCACUUGAUAAUGGCAUUGGUGAAGCCACAUUGGCCCAUUUGAAUAACUUAGCUGGUACUUCGGCAAUCAGUAUUACUGAAGAACAACAAGCAGUUUUUGAUCACCAACAACAACCAAAUGUUGCAGGUGGAUCAGUUAUGACUUCAACAUCUUUGGGUAGUGGGGGUGUACCAAUUAAUUUGGCUCAAACCCCUAGUGUUAGUGUUGGUGAAGCUAUUGUCAAUGCUACCACUACAGCUGCUGAUAUAACGAAGCGUCUAUCCCAACAAACUAGCGUUGAUAAACAAGACACUAACAAAUCCUUAGCGGAUUUACAGCUGAAAUUGGCACUGUUAACUUCGUCGAAUCAACAACAACAACAGCAAUCAAAUAUCGUUCCGGGAACUGCUGGAAGCGAACAGGGUCCUGCUUCACCAAUCACCGCUUAUCCUUCAUCGUCGCAGCAACAACCACCCCCUUCGUCAAUUGUCCAAUCUCCGAUACGUGUUGAUCUACCUGAACCAGUGUUUGUGCAUCAACAGCCGCCUUCUACUAUCGCUUCGGUUGAGCAACAACAGUCAAUAUCAAUGGCGACCAAAGUUUCAACUAAAAUUACUCAACUGGCUGAUCUACAGGUGGAAUUAGCGAAAUUGAACCAGCGUGUUAAUGUCCUUGUGACAGAACAACAGCAGCAAAACCAGCAGAAUCAACAGCAAACAACUACGGUACCAAUAGUGGUGAAUCAACAAAGUAUGAUUGCUGAAACGAUGCCAAAUUGUGCCACCAAUGCUUUGGAUAGCACUGGUAAUGCCACUGUUGCUGCUGGUUUGACUCAACCCCAGCCAACGCUUUCGCAUUCUGUUUCGGCCACUACUACAACAAUUACCACUCCGUCGGCUACAACUAGCGUGCCAGUUGGAGAUUGCUCAGAUAAUACCAACAUUUCUGCAGGGGUCGUUGCUUCUGCUGUUGGUGGUGUUCAGAAGCAACGGAAAAUCUCGCGUUUCCAAGUGAGCGUUGUUAAUGAGCUAGCCAAGACCUCUUCAUUAACAAGUGUCUCAACUGGUGAAACACCUACUACCUAUGCAUCUCACCAACAGCCUUCGGUGAAUACAACAAUGGCCCUUCCUAUUGGCGGUUCUGUUGGUGAGACCACAGUCGAUCAGCAAAAACCGAUCCUUGCUACUCCACCUCAAGAUGUUCCAGCUGCUGUCGGGGUUGGUGCCAUCAAUGCUAGUAUCUUACCUGUCCAGCAACAGAUCCAUACAAUUAAGGGUGCAGUCUCGAUUGACAUGCCAGCGCAAGGUUUCCGGUCACAGCAAUCCAAUUUUGAGACUGAGGGUGGUGAGCUUUCGGCAAUAGAUGAGUCAACAGUUUCUUCAGCAGUAGCUACAACCACAACUACUACACAUGCUUCGAAUGUAUUCCCAACUUCGAUGGUGCACUCGGUUACCAAAAAGGCUACUAUCACCACGACUUCCAUUAUAACCGCCAUAUCAACAACCACAACAACAACAACACCAGUAGUUUCAAUACCAUCAAUUGAUGUAUCUGGAUCUUCAACAACAACAUCAAAUAUUACCCCUUCUUCCUCCUUUUGUUCAAAAUCACAAUCCCUAUCACAAUCAUUGCGGCAAAUAUUUCAACAACAGGCUCCAAACUCGUCAAUUUCAUUACGUGGAUCAUCACAGAAUUUAAUUGGAACGAUUACAGCCAAUACCAGCAGUUCAAUAUCUACCCGACAUUUAAGUUUUACAACCCCCGGUCAUAAUAAAAAUACAGCAGGAAGCACUAGCCAAUUGAAUACCACCUCCAUAAACAUUGCAGAAGCUCUGAUCGAUUCAAAAUUCAAAAAGAGUCGUAACAUGCUACCACUGAGUAAGUCAACGUCUUAUGCUGGUGUCAAUCGGAAUUCCAGUCAAAAAUUCUUGAAUAAAAGCUUGGAUAGUUCCACAAGUGAGUUGACUCCAUUAUCUGGUAUUCAUCAUGCUAUUGGCGGGGAUGUUGGUGGGGGUGAGAAAGUCGGUAGCAUGCGCUCUAAAGGAGGUAAGAUGAAAUCGGGUAGUAUCAUGUAUAAUCACAAUACCCACCGACAUAGGGCCUUCUACAAUCGAUCGAAUAGCUUGGAUGAGAAAUCAUCAACAACUAUGACAGAAAGUGAUAAAGAAUUAUCUGUACCUCGCGUGUUGGCUGAAAAUAAAAAGCUGAUCAAGAAAGCCUCGCAUGAAACCUACAUCAAUCGAAUAAUACGUCAAAUUGCUGACUGUAACAGUGGCGUUGCCUACCAAUCUCAGCAGAAUGUCUGGUCACCAUGGACGAGCUUGGAGACUGUCUCGUCUCGUACGAAAUAUCUAAAAUCAAAUAUUGUCAGCUCACGACGAAGAUCUGAGAGAAAUAAUAGCAUUCCGUCAAUAAUGCCUAGUUAUACUGCACCUGCAAUACCAACGUUACACCAACGUCACCAUGCGCCGCUUCCCGCGUUGGUGAAUCGCAAUUUGGAUCAUCUUCGAGCUAGCAGUCUUAGCCUCGAUAAUUUCCUUAUGCAACGAAAUAGAACCAGAAAGCAUACAAGGACCCAAGCAACGAAUCUAUUACCAAAGAUGCCAUCGGGUGUUUUCACCAAUGUCGCGUCAACGUCACCUAAACCUGCUGAUCGAAACUAUCUGACUUAUCAUGGAAUUAUUGAUCGAUCAAUUGGUCAUAAUUUUAAUUUUGGAUCAAGACAUCGUAGUCGAUUAUACGGAAGCGCUGAUUUCGAUGAUUAUUAUGCUGGUGUACAGACAGAUGACAGCUUGAAUUUCAACACUAGUGAAUCUGGUGAAGCCAGUGAUGUAUCUUCAUCUAAUUCAGUGUCUUCUAGGCAUGAUGAACCGGAGGAGAAUGAUGGUGAUGCAGACAAUGAUGACGAUGACGAUCAUAGUAAUGUUGGUGAUGAUGGAGGUAAUGAAGAGGAUGACGAGGAUGAGGACGUUGGUGAAGCUUACUUUGGCACUUCAUCACUAGCUUCGUCGACUUUAUCCUUAAGUCAUUCGAAAAGACGCUGUUCACAUCAGUCGGGAAUGGAAUCAAAGUUGAUGGAGAAAAAGUCACCAUUUCCGUGGAAUAGCGCUAAAGUUACACCAAUGCCAAAUAAAAAGUCCUUGAUAGAGUGGUCGUUGUCAUCUCCAAAACGAUAUUUGCUGAAUUUCAAAAAACGUUUCCAGUCCAGAGCCAAGAAUUGCCAUCAUCAUCAUCAUCAUCACCAUCAUACAUCAGAUGGUAGCCGAUGUUCUACACCAACGAAAUGGAAAUUGAAUAACUCAUGGCCGUUAGCUAACUCUAAUGUUGGUAUUCCGAUAUCGUCAACAACAAUAAAUUCUUCAUCAUCACAACCACCACAAGUAUCCCACCAUCAUUCAUCAUCAUUAUCAACAACACCAAUAUCAACGAUGCUGCCAUUUACAUCACUUCAUAGCUCGUCUCCAUGGACAAUUGAAUCAUCGGAUAUUAUGCAUAAAUUGGAUCGUAUACGUCACAGUUUGCAAAGUGUUCCUCUCGAGCCCAAUGUUCAACAGCGUCUCCUGCUUCUCCUACAUCGUCAACACAUAGAAGAGGAAGAAUUACGUUUAAAACACUUUGUCGAGCUGGAGAAAUUCCAGAAGACAUUGCACCCAAGUGAAUUUGUACCAAGUCCAGAUAAAAACUCUCAUUCAUCAACAUUAGCUACUACAAGUUCUAAUACGAUCACUAAUAGUACUCUUCUUUCUCUGUCAUCACGAGAUUUAAAUGCUCCGCCAUCGUAUAUAUAUCCUAUCCAGUCUAGGAAUAUAUCUGCUGUAGGAGAUAAUAAUAUGAACCCUCUUUCGAAUAAAUGUAAUGAGGGUCCGGUGUCUUCAAAUAGUCUAGUCGAAACAAGCGUUGGCAAUAGUAACGAUGAAUUUGUAGUUUGUCAAAGCGCUCAGUCGAAUCAUCAGGGAACUUCUCGUGUAACUGAUGAUUCUGAUCGAACGUAACAAUGGAUCCUGAAUCAUAACAAGAAGGAAAACGGAUACACCUUCAUUAGGCAAACAUAAUAAUCAUCAGCAAAAAAGGCAGUAAAAACAACAACAGUAACUACAACUUCGACGAGCUCAGUAUAUUCAAGUAUUUAAAUUUAAAUUAUAUAUUUUAUAUAUUACACAAAAACAUGCAAAAAAUGAAAUGAAAAGAUAAUGUUAUUGCAAAAUAAAAUUUAAAUUGAAAAAAAUCUUCGAGAUUCUCCAUUUCCAUAUUUUUGUCUGAAUUGAAAUAUCUUUUUUUUUUAUCUUUGUUGUUAUUCGUUCUUCCAUAAUUUCCAUAUUUCAUUUAAGGUACUCCCUUAAUUAGUGCCGUGAAUUCACCUUUUUUUUUCAUUUUCAAUCCUUCUCAUUUAUAUAUGACUUAAAAACGUAUCUAGAUGAAUUUCGUUGUUCAAUUUUCACUUUCAUAAUCCACAUUUUUUUUUAAUCAUCUCAAAGAUGUUUCUCCUGCUUUCUUUUGCAUAUUCAGUUUCAUGUGUUUUUUUUUCGUAUCUGUGAUGUGGUGUUCGAUUUUCCAGGACAUUUUCUUUUUGUCUUCUCAAGGCUGAGUUCUCUAUGAAUAUUUUUCCAGAAUUAAUUUGCUUUUUUUUCCUUUUUUCCGAGAAUUUUUUGGAGAUUUCUAUUUUUUUUUUAUUUUUUUUUAUUUUUUUUUUGAAGAAUUCUAGCGUCUAUUAUGCGCCGUAUUAUAGUUGAAAAUUUAAAAAACAAAAAAAAAGAGUUCACAUGAUCGAGACGAUAUUAUGUUGCCAGUAUAAGAGUGAGAUCUCAGGGGGAGGGGGAUAUGAAAGGCUGAAACUAAAGGAGCUGUUAUGAUCCUCAAUAAUUAAUGACUCCAAAGUUUGGUUCUGUAUGAAUGAGAAGGUUCGCUUGGAAGAUAUAGAAUGCAAAAAUAUGGAUGAAUGGUUGAUAAAAAAAAAUUUAAAUUGAAACAUAAUCUUUUGAAUUCAAUGAAUGACACUUUUUUUUUUUCUUUAAAUUUAUAAUUUCCUGAAAUUUUGCAAAUAUUCAGAAAUUCAAGAUGAAUUUUCAGGCCGAAUAGUCGAUCUACUGAACUUUAAUAUUGAAUAUUAUUAGAUUUAAAAUAUGUUUUCUCCUUAAUUAACAUAUUAUAUAUUUUUACAUUUAUUAUAAUCUAUUUUAGUUGUGUUUUUUGUAUAUAAAGUUCUAUAAAACCCA